CGUUCAGGAACGAAGGGAUGGCGCAUAUCCCGGUGAACGAAAAAGCUUUCCAUCUUUUCCGUCUGGCGGAAUCACGGUUAGUUUGUAAUUGCUUCGCGACGUUAUCGUUACGUUUAUCCGCGGACACCAUGCGUGCAAUAUGCAUUCGUGACACCGUACGUGUAUGUACGCGUAACGUGUCGCGAUACACGCACACAAGUACCCAUGGUCGUAUACGAAUACCUGUACCUAUAUUCUGUAGGAGUCUAAACGAAAAAUAAGGCACGGGGAUUCGAAGCCACGAUCCUCGGAUCCACAGUCGACCGCUUUAACUACGCGACCAAUCCCGUAUCCUACGUUUCGUGUUCUUAUUUGACUCCUUAUUGUUGGGUAUGGGAGGCGCGGAUACUACAAUUCGUAACCUAUACAUUUCCGAAACGUUAUCGACGAUAAAAGCUCUCGUUUCACGAACCGAGACGAUUGCUCCAUUUUCGUUGACUUUUUUUUACAAAUUUUAAUACGCGAUCGGGUUCGGUCCUGGUACUGCUGCGUUCGGAAUUGCUCGGUUACUUUUCACCUUCGUUCGUGAAAUUACUCGGCCUUAUGGGGAAUAACAGGAAUGCGAUAUUAUCUCAUACAACGGCAUCCUGCAUUCCUUCGCGAUACCAGUGUUUAGCCACGAAUCGAUUAUGCACCACGCACAUUUUCUUCGAACGAAUUUGUCAUUUGUUUCCACAACUUUGUUUCCUGUAAUAAAUUAAUCAUCGGUGCCAUGGCGUGGCUAAUUAUGCAACGCACGGGUGCCGGUCAAUCGAUACUUACGCGCUGGGAACGCUUUCGUUUCUCGUUAUUUGUCCGAGCUCGUUUGAGCUCUGAUAACAUCGGCCUGAAAAGCGAAAACGAGUGUUCCAGCCGAGGAAAAAUUCACUCGAGUUCCCCGUGCAUCUGAAUUGUCAUACGGGGGAAAAAUAACCAGCGUAGCUUACGUAAGACGAGAGAAAUAGUAGCGCGCGACGAAUCGGAAAACUCGAAUUCCAUUCGUCGUCGUGACGCGAUGACGAGACACGGCCGAGUAUUUUAUCGACGAUUCAAAGCGAUUAAAUUACUUUCCGAUUCCUUCCGAUUUUAAAUGCUGCCCGACACCGUUUCCAUUCCGGCGAAGAAACUGCGAAACGAUUACCGAUGCGAACCAACGACUACAAGCAUAUACCAGACAUUCCUGAGAACAUCAAGAAUUUACGGGCACUUCAGGUGGCGGACUUCAGUAGCAAUCCAAUUCCAAGGCUUCCGGCUGGCUUCGUGCAGUUAAGGAACCUAACUGUUUUAGGACUUAACGAUAUGUCACUCACGAAUUUACCGCCCGACUUCGGAAGCUUGGAGGCGUUACAAUCACUGGAGUUGAGAGAAAACUUGCUCAAGUCCUUGCCCGAGUCGCUUUCUCAACUUUAUAAAUUGGAACGGCUAGAUCUCGGCGACAAUGACAUCGAGGAAUUGCCGGCGCAUAUAGGAAAACUGCCAGCGUUGCAAGAAUUAUGGCUAGAUCAUAAUCAGUUGCAACAUUUGCCACCGGAAAUCGGAGAAUUGAAAACAUUAGCGUGCUUGGACGUAUCCGAAAAUCGUUUGGAAGAUCUUCCGGAAGAAAUCGGCGGUCUAGGUUCCUUAACGGAUUUGCAUUUAUCCCAAAACGUUAUCGAAAAGUUGCCCGAUGGUAUUGGGGAACUGAAAAAGCUUACUAUUCUGAAAGUCGAUCAAAAUAGGCUUUCUACUUUAAACUCGAACAUAGGCAGGUGCGAGAAUCUGCAAGAAUUAAUUCUUACGGAAAAUUUUCUCUUGGAGUUGCCUGCAACCAUAGGAAAACUUCUUAAUCUAAACAAUUUAAAUGUGGAUAGAAAUAGUUUGCAAUCGCUACCGAUUGAAAUUGGAAAUUUGAAAAAAUUGGGCGUACUCUCUUUAAGAGACAAUAAGUUGCAAUAUCUUCCGGCUGAAGUUGGUCAGUGCACUGCUCUUCAUGUCUUGGACAUAUCCGGCAACAGAUUACAAUACUUGCCAUAUUCCUUGAUUAAUUUGAACUUAAAGGCAGUAUGGUUAAGUGAAAACCAAGCCCAACCAAUGCUUACUUUCCAAACGGAUAUCGAUGAAGAAACCGAGCAAGAGGUAUUAACUUGCUUCCUCCUACCGCAAUUGGAAUCCCAUCCUGAUGAUUCAGGAAGAGUUGGUAUGUUGGUUGGAAUGAGAAACGCUGUUCAGGGUGGCGAAAUACGGGAGCUUGGUAGCAGCGACGAUGAAGGCUGGCAAGAAAAAGAAGCAUCGCGAACGCAUUCAGUGAAAUUCACAGAUGAACCUCCGGAAACUGAUAAGGAGACACCGUUUGUACGACAAAAUACACCGCAUCCGAAAGAAUUGAAAGCCAAAGCUCACAAAUUGUUCAGUAAAGGAAAGAGCGACAGUCGGUCGGCAUCUACUGACGAACAGGAUGUUUCUCAAACAUUUGGUUUAGAUAAAGCUGAGACUGAUACGCUAAUGAAACCUAACGAUUUAGAUCUAUCUACAGACCAAGAACUCGUAAAUACUGAAUUUAUAGAAAACGAACAAAAACAAACUGUACCUGGAACAUUAGACGAUAAUACAGACCUUCGAUCUAAUAAUGAACCAGAAGUGGUUUCCAAUCAAUAUAUUACAGAAUAUAAUCCUGAUAUGGGAAUGGAAGGUUCGGUAUCUGAAUCAAAGGAUGGAAAUGAUGAAUCCGAAAAUGAGGAAAUACAAAGACACGUAGAAUUUUCUAUAGCAGAGGGUACUGAUUACGAAGGUGGCGGUGAUUCGAAUAGACCCAAUAGACUUCAUCGUAGAGACACUCCACACCAUUUAAAGAAUAAACGUAUCCAUACGGCCGUGGAUAAGGAAAAGGUAGCUUCCAUUAUUGCACAAGCACUUAUGAAGAAAAGCGAUGAACCUGCUGUACCUGCAUCAGCACCUACGGAAUCUGUAGAAAAUUUCGACACUCAGAGCCAAGGUGCGAUAUCCGAUGCUGAACCUACGAUAGAAGUACGAGAGGAACAAUAUGAGAUUCAUAUUGAGAGAACGACAGGUGGUCUUGGUUUGUCAAUAGCUGGUGGUAUCGGUUCAACCCCAUUCAAAGGUGACGAUGAAGGCAUUUUUAUUUCCAGAGUUACCGAAGGUGGGCCCGCAGAUUUGGCAGGUUUAAAAGUAGAGGAUAAAGUGCUAUCUGUAAACGGAGUUUCAGUAGUAAACGUAGGUCACUAUGAUGCUGUAGAAGUUCUAAAAGCAUGCGGACGUGUUCUUGUAUUAGUAGUUCAGAGAGAAGUUACAAGGAUAUUACCGCCAUAUGAACAGACAUCAAGGAAAGAUUCGGUGUGCUCUAGUUUGAGUACGAGUAGAGCACCAAGCGCUACGUCUCAUGUUUCAUCUACAGGUUUGCCGCAUAAUUUAGAAAAUGGCGAUGCUUCUUUACCUCAUGAAACUAUUAAGAUCAAGAAAAUUCCGGAACCUAUAUCCACGGUGAAACAAGGUACUGAACCAAUGGUGUCUGUCCUUGUACAUACAACAUUAAUACGGGACCAAAAUGGACUUGGAUUUAGUAUUGCUGGCGGAGAAGGUUCUCCACCAUUCAAGGACAAUAGCGAUGCAAUAUAUAUUUCAAGAAUAACCGAUGGUGGUGUGGCACAGAAAGACGGUAAAUUAUUAAUCGGAGACAAAGUAAUAUCUAUUAAUGGAGUUGAAAUGAGAGGAGCUAAGCACGAGCAGGCAGUUGCUUUAUUAACAGGCUUGGAAAGAUUCGUUCGAUUGGUAGUCGAACGUGAAAUACCACUUUCACAAGCAAACGCAGCCACAGUUGUAACACCAUCGGAAAAAUCACCACGCGUAAUUGGCGCACCUAAACCGUAUACAGGAUUAUAUAGUGCCAAUAGUUAUAUAGCGAAUAGACCAGGAUAUACCGGAUAUCGGCGAUCUAUUGAUGCCGACAGAGCUUUAUCACCGAGUCCUACUUCGAAGACACCACCGCCUAUGAAAAUUGAAACCGCUGAGAUGCCCAAAAUGAACGGUGUUACAGAAUCUGGAACUAUUAAAAACGUUUCUUCGGUAUCGCCAAGUCCAACAAAUAGCCAGCCGCAUCCACAGCCUGCUCCGAGGCAUAGCAUUUCACAACCGACGAUCGCACUCGCAACAACUGCAACCUCGACGCCCACAUCUUCUACAGAGCCUAGGUCAAUCUCACCCCAGGACGACAUACAGGUAUCGAAGCCUAUCACCAACGAAGAAUUUCAGGCUAUGAUUCCCGCACAUUUCCUCCGUCCUCCUACUUCCUCGUCACCUCCAGACUCCCAUCAAGGCCCUAUCGUGACAGUGACAAUAAAGCAGCCUGAUAAUCUACCUGGAGAUGUUAAUUUUCCUCCGGCUCCCACUACACUUGGUAAAGUUACUGAGACCAUCACAAAGAGCACUCUCACCGAGACCGUCGUUACUAGGGUGACCGACAACCAGUCGGUACAGCCAGUAAUUAUCGAGGAUGUCGUCCUUGUAAAAGAAGGAUCCUUAGGAUUCAGUAUCAUUGGAGGUACAGAUCAUUCCUGCACUCCGUUUGGUGCAAAAGAACCUGGAAUUUUUAUAUCUCAUGUUGUGCCUGGAGGUAUAGCUGCAAAAUCUGGUAAAUUAAGAAUGGGUGACAGAAUACUGAAAGUAAAUGGUACAGAUGUAACAAAAGCUACUCAUCAAGAGGCUGUGAUGGAACUACUACGACCGGGAGAUCAAAUUAUGCUUACAGUUCAACAUGAUCCAUUACCGGAAAAUUAUCAGCUGGUCGAAAUAGAGUACAUCCCUGUGACAGAAUUGGUUAUUACAAAAGAACCGGGUGAAAAAUUGGGUAUGCACAUUAAAGGUGGACUUAGAGGACAAAAGGGUAACCCCCUGGAUCAUACAGACGAGGGAGUUUUUAUAUCUAAGAUUAAUUCCGGUGGUGCAGCUAAAAGAGACGGAAGACUGAAGGUGGGCAUGAGACUACUCGAAGUGAAUGGUACAUCGUUACUAGGCGCGACUCACCAAGAAGCAGUAAAUAUACUUCGGUGUUCGGGAAAUACAAUUACGUUAGUAGUUUGCAAAGGUUAUGAUAAAAAUGAAGUCGAGCCUAUAUUGCCAGUAUCCGAUGGUAGAGAAUCUAAAGAGUCUAGAACGUCUAAAGAAUUAAAGGAUCCUGCAACAGAUGGCACUAAGUCUCUGUCACAGAGUGUGUCCAGUUUGGAUCGCGACGAUGAAGAAGCUGCAACUCUCAGACAAGAACAAGAAAUGAAAGCUGAACUUGUUGCAUGGGAACAAGAAGAACGGGAACGUGCUUUGAUCGAGCAUAGAGAAAAAUCGACUCCCGAAAAAGUAUUGGAUGUAGUUAGAGCAGCUGAAUCCUUAGUAAGCAAAUCCAAUAGUCCUGUUGACAUGGUGCCACCAAAAUCGCCAGGUGGUACAAAAGAUCUCAAAACAACUACUAUUGUGAUGAGCAAACACACUUUAGCACCUCAAAAUACAAAUUCGCUAAGGAAAGAGAGAAGUGGAACAUCAAUGGAUAAUUAUUCGUCAACAAAGUCUCCAGUCUCUACUCUUACUCCAUCGACGAAUUUUAAUCGUACUGCUAUUGCCCAAACCUUGCCAUCUCCAAAGAAAAAACAUUCUAUACCAAAGCGUAGUAUAACCUUCGCCAAUCUUCCUCCAAUUUCUAAAGAAGAAUCAAUCGACUAUAUCUCUCCGACCGCUAUCAAGGGAGAACGAUCUCUGUCUCCGCAUGACAAAUGUACAUCCGAUCCUCAAAUUAUUUCUUACAAGAAAGUCUACCAUAGUCCUACCCAAACUGCUCACUGCCAUUUUAAACUUCCUCCAACACCUUUAACUUCUCCUACAUCCCCGGGGCAUUUUGGCACUUCAGCUUCUUUUAACAAGCGACAGACCGCACGCUCUGUUGACGGUCAUAUUCAGGUUGAGCUGUCACCAACACCAUCUCCGACACCACCUCUAGUAAAGAUGUCAGUUAGCGACAAAAAGAAAUUAUUUGAAAGUGCCAUGGAGGAACAUCUAAAGCCUUCCCCUAAGCCAGAGAAAGUAUUCAGUUUUUUAAGCCAGGACGAAGUUGAGAAAAUGAAACAAGAAGAAGAAAAAAAAAUUGCCACAUUGACACGAGAUGAAUUAAAAUCGUGGGCUCAACUUGACGAAAACGAAGGUUUAGAAGAUAUGGAGGAAACUCUAGAAGAUCAGGAUAAUCGACGGCCUAAUAGCCGACUGAGCUCGCGAAGUUCGAUCCUCCUUCUGCAGAACCUUCCAAGCAGUGUAAGGACAGCAAAAGCAGAACGCCGUUUGAAGGAGAGAUUGGUACAGGAGGGUAUAAUUUCGGAUGAAGAUGAAGAAAGUCAUCUGAGUCCUGCCGAGCAGAGAGUACUAAGAGCUGAAAAGCGUGCAGCAUGGAGACAGGCACGUUUGAAAUCUCUGGAACAGGAUGCUCUCCAAGCGCAAAUAGUAAUAAAAAAAAUGAGCGAAAUGAUGGACAGUACGAAUAAAACGGAUGCGAUACAGGACUCUGUAGAUGCCGUCACUCUUUCUCCUGAAUCGGAUAAAGCAGCUGAUUUCACUACGUUACGGCCGUCUAGUGCAGAUUUUCCCAAACUUGCUGUACGCAGCAAGGUGGGUCCCCCUAAAGAGAUACGCGAAUCCGAAAAAGUAGUGGACGAGAAGGUCACUCGACGUACCGAGGAAUAUGUGGAUGAGGUGACGGGUGAACGUCGUGUACGAACUGUCGAAUACGUCGAGAAGCUCAUUGAGCGACAGGUUGAAACUCUAAGAGAAAAGAUUAUUUCACUGGAAUUAAGUAACGCAGAGGACGAAAUAGAGAGUAUUACUGGCACGGGAGCAAGCGAUGCGGAAAGCGAAAGCGAAGAAAUUGCUGGACAGUCUUCUGUUGCGAGUACUCCUCAAGAGAAAACCGAAACAAUCAUCACAUCGAAUGCGACUGAGGAUGCAGCGCCUAAAAUCAGUGUAAACGCAGUCGUUGCCUCAAAGAAAAAGAAACGGAAACGUUCGAAAAAAGGUCGUCAUUGACGUAAGAUAAAAAUAUCGGUGCAAAUAAAAUAAAAAACAGAAAGACACGUACAAGGAACUUAGUGAAUAUUUCGUUGUGACAAUGUGUUCCAAUAAUGCAAAUUUUGUGUUAAAUCAAUUUACAUUGCAUACUACAUACUUGAAAUCCCUGUGUUGUUGGUGCAUGUAGUAUUACGAAUCACUCAUUGCGCAUUGCUUUUUUCAAGCAUACACAUACAUAUAUACAUAAGAUGCAAUUUUACAUUCACGAUUUAAUGUAAUUCAUAGGUGCAGUCAAAACUAUAUUUAAUUUUCACACAAUCCGUGCUAUAUUUUUGGUAUUAACAUAUUUUAAAUAAUACAUUUUUUUUUAUUAGCAUUAGUAUGUCAUACUUUCACUCGAGUGGUGCAGCAUAAUAAUUGAUAAACGAUUUCCAUAUUUCAUGUUUUGUAGAAUUUGUAUUUUGUAUUAUCUUUUUCAUAAACUUUAACAGCUUAGCCUGAAUAAAAAUAUAUUUUAUCGUUGGAAUUAUUUAAAGUAAUUAUGUAGAACGAAAUUUUCGAAAAAGUUAAUUUGUAAUGUCGCAAUAGUAGCCGAUAUGAUUUAACGUUUUUACAUUAAUCUAUGUAAAAUGAUAAACAUUCCUUGUUACAACUUUUAUCGUAUUAUUUGAGUACAGCGCAUUAACCGCGUUCAUUUUAAUAUUCUUAUA